GUUUUCUAGUCAGUGUCCAACAUGAAAGAAAACAAGAAUGGUAUUAACAAGGUUUUAGUGACUAGAUCACUUCACUGACAACCCACCCAAAACACACACCCUCUCUCUUACUAUUAUUUUCAUGUUCUUAUCCAUUUUAUUCUCAUUUCUUAAUCUGCUUGUUUUCAUCUUUUUCCCCAUUUUUGGCAAAAAUACUCACAACCACUAUAUAUCAUUGUUACAUCAUCAUCAUGUGUCACAGUUUUCAGGUGAUAAUGACUAAAUACUCAACAACCGGAGCAAUUUUCUUGUGAUUAUUGAUUUUAGAUAAGCCUAACUGAAACAUGGAACCACCAAAAGACAAUACGUUCCUGGUUGACUUUACUCUUGGUCUUAAGUCCACGACUCCUGAACUGACAGGUCCUGAAUCAGGGACAGGGUCGCAAAACACCAGUAUAGGACAUGGUGUGCCUCGUGUCUUCUCUUGUAAAUACUGCAGGCGGAAGUUUUACAGUUCACAGGCAUUGGGAGGCCACCAGAACGCACACAAGAGAGAAAAACUGAUCGCCAAGAGAGCUGUGAAGAUGGGGUUGUAUUCUGGUAGCCAAGCCGGCUUGGCAUCCUUUCCACUUUACGGGUCCACAUUUCAGUCUCUGGGUAUCAAAGCUCAUGCCUCAAUGCAUCGACAUGUUGUGCCUAAUAUAUAUAAUGUUAAAGGUGGUCCUAGAUUUGACCAAAUGUAUAAUGGGUCACCGAUCUUUGUGGAGGACUUCGAGCCAGAAGCCUAUUGGCCUGGCAGCUUUAGGGAGAUUGAUGGCGCAGGUUCGGUUCCUAAUAGAGAUUCGUCAACAACACUGGAUUUGACUCUCAAACUUUGACUUUGUAAGUUUAUCUGACAGUUUCUAGCAUAUCUUAAGGUUGUUGGCUGUUGUAUAGUGGGAUUAUUUUUGAAGAUUGGUUUUUGCUGAUUCUUCUGGUAAUAUUGUUGUAUGUAUAACAUGUAUUUUCCCAACAAUAAUAAAACAUCGGUUUGAGUGCAUUAAAGUUAAAGUAAUUUUUUAAAA